AUGUCUGGUGAAGACUGGAUAAAAGGCUCCCAAGGUCAUCUUAUUCUAUCUCCUUCUUAUGAAAUAGAAGGUAAUCAAUCACAAAUUAUCAAUAAUAGAACUGGACAUAACCUGGGUGAGAUGUCUGUAAAUUCUGAAUAUGGGAAAGAUUUCGAAAAUAAUGCAAAUCUUUCUGUGCACAAAGAGAUUCAUAAUGAUGAACGGUCAUGUUCUGAAAGAGAGAAAACUUUUAAUCGAUUUUCAUGCUCAGAAUGUGGAAAGUUGUUUAGUGUGAAAUCAAGUUUUGUGAGACACCUGAAAAUUCACACAGGAGAGAACCCAUUUUCAUGCACUGAAUGUGGAAAGUGUUUUAGUGAGAAAUCAAGACUUGAGGUGCAUCAGAGAAUUCACACAGGAGAAAAACCAUUUUCAUGCACUGAAUGUGGAAAGUGUUUUAGUGAGAAAUCAAAUCUUGCAGUGCAUCAGAGAAUUCACACAGGGGAGAAGCCAUUUUCAUGUCCCGAAUGUGAGAAAUGUUUUAGUAGCAAAUCAAAUCUUAUUAAACAUCAGAAAACUCACACAGAAGAGAAGCCAUUUUCAUGCUCAGAAUGUGGAAAGUGUUUUAGUGAGAAAUCAAGUCUUGAGGUGCAUCAGAGAAUUCACACAGGGGAGAAGCUAUUUUCAUGUCCCGAAUGUGUGAAAUGUUUUAGUAGCAAAUCAAAUCUUAUUAAACAUCAGAAAACUCACACAGUAGAGAAGCCAUUUUCAUGCACAGAAUGUGGGGAGUGGUUUAUUGAGAAAUCAAGUUUUGCGAGACACCAGAGAAUUCACACAAGAGAG